AUGAGCGGCACAGGACCCUCGCCGGGCGUAUCGGGAGCGCCGGGUGCCAGCUCAUCAGGUGCAGGUGCGGGUGCGGGUGCAGGUGCGGGUGCAGGUAGCAGCACAACAUCUCAAGGAGGUUCUUUGGCCGGCAUGGAUCUGAACCCAUCCAUGCUUAGCGCUGCUGGUCCGCCUCCCUCUUCAGGUCCUGCUAUUCCUGCAGGUACAGGACCCGGCGGAACGCCCACCACAGCACUCAGCGUCUAUCAUCUCAUCACCCAGCUCUGCCAAAGACCUGCUGCGGAUGAAAUCAAAGAGAAGGGUGGCGGUGCUGCCGCCAGUAACGCUGCUGGCACUGGCGCUGCUGUUGGGAGUGGAAAUGGCACUGCGCGAAUGCCGAGUGGAGAGAACUCGCCCAAACAGCAACAGCAACAGGGAGAAAAGGCAGAGAGCGAAGGAGCAGGAGCAGGAGCAGGAGCAGGAGCAGGAGCAGGGGCAGGAGCAGGAGCAGGCACGGAUCAGGUGGCUGCCACCACCUCCACACCCGUCUCUGGUUCAGGGUCAAGCAGCAACAACGGCAACACCAACGUAUCUCUCUCCGACCUGGUGCCGGGCUCCUCUCAAGCUCGAGAACACGCGCUGUUGGAGCUUUCGAAAAAGAGGGAACAAUACGAGGAUUUGGCUUUGGUGUUGUGGCACUCUUUUGGCGUCAUGUCUAGCUUGCUGCAAGAGAUUGUGGCGGUGUAUCCCCUGCUCAGUCCUCCGGCGCUCAGUGCGGGAGCGAGCAAUAGGGUGUGCAAUGCGCUGGCCCUGCUUCAGUGCGUCGCUAGUCAUGGAGAGACGAGAGCGUUGUUCUUGCAAGGUGAGAGCUGGCUUGACGUGGUGGUAGCGGGACACGAGGGUAAAGACACGACUGAGCGUGAGAUCAGCUGACAUUUGUCUUUCCCUCUCUCUCUCUCCACAGCGCACAUUCCCCUCUUCCUCUACCCUUUCCUCAACACCACCUCCAAAACUCGACCUUUUGAAUAUCUUCGACUCACCUCUCUCGGCGUGAUCGGAGCUCUGGUAAAGCAAAACGACAACAGCGACGUGAUCACCUUUCUCCUCUCCACCGAGAUCAUACCUCUCUGUCUUCGCAUCAUGGAGACGGGCAGCGAGCUGAGCAAGACGGUAGCGAUUUUCAUCGUGCAAAAGAUUUUGCUGGACGAUAUGGGUCUGAAUUAUAUUUGUCAGACGUACGAGAGGUUUUAUGCGGUGGGGACGGUGCUGAGCAAUAUGGUCAGCCAGAUUACCGAAUCGCAGGCGGUCAGAUUGCUCAAACACGUCGUCAGAUGCUACCUUCGACUAAGCGACAACCCUAGGUGAGUAGACCACUCGGCGUGUGAUGCGAGGGUGAAAAAGUUCGCCAGAUGGCUCAUGCGGCAUGGCUGAUGAUGCGACGAUCCGUCACGCGCAGAGCGAGAGAAGCGCUUAGAGCUUGCUUGCCCAGUCCUCUGAGAGACGCUACCUUUUCCCAAUUGCUAAAGAACGAUCAUGUGAGUUGGCUCGCGUGGUGCCUCCCUCCGACACGUUCUUGUUGCCGUCUGGUGCACUUUUGAGGCGCGCUAAAGGAAGACUCUCACGGUUCGAAAAUCGAUGAAUGUUCUACCUGGUCUUUCUUUCCCGUUUCAUUGGCUCAUGUUCCCUCUCCCCUUUUGGCAGAUCACAAAACGAUGCUUGGCUACGCUUUUGCUCAACCUCUCCGAUAAUCGCGUAGAAGGUUAA